GAAAUAGCCACCAGCUCUCUGGGAAGCCUGAGCUCAGUGGAUAUGAACACCCCUGCGGAGCUCCGUGACUACUUGGAUGUUGGGACCCCGGUAAAGUCGCGUGACAGCCCACCCAGGCCUGCUCCCCCCCCUACCAAGCCCAGGAGCAAACUGCCUCGGCCUACAAGGUUCCUUAGCCUGCAAAAGGCUGACACCGGCUCAGAUGUCUGCUGUCAACCCAUAGACAAGAAGGCAGCCAGUGAGCCAAAGGGCCAAAUAAAGAAAAGUCAGGACCAGGCCAGAUUGCAGCCCCUGUCCAACCCAGAGCAGGCCCUGACUAAGACCUUCAAGCUGCUCCACUCUGCCUCUGAUGACUGGGAGAAGAAGAUCGAGGGCUUGACCUCUCUCCGUGUGAUGGCUCAGAACCACAUGGACAUACUGAUGCCUAAACUCCAUGAUAUCUGCCUUGCCAUUAUAAAUGAGGUGAAGAACCUGCGCUCUGCAGUGUCCUGUGCUGCCAUGGCCACACUGGGUGACAUGUACGUUCACCUCCAGAGGGCCAUGGACAGUGAGGUGGAGGGGACGGCACGCGUGCUGCUGCACAAAGCCAGCGAGGCCAACAACUUCAUCCGGCAGGCCGCCAACUUUGCCCUGGGUCACAUGGUGCAGAGCUGCACCCCUACCCGUGUCAUGAAUGCCCUGCUGGUCGGUGGGCUGAGCCACCGUAACGCUGCGGUGAGGAGCUGCACUGCUCAGCACCUGGAGAGACUGGCUGAGGUCAUGGGGAUGGCUCGUCUCCUGUCGGGGAAGAAAGACCUCACUGACCGUUUCUUGAUUGCCGUCAGUAAACUGGCUGUGGACCCUGCACAGGAAGUCAGGCAUCAUGGUCGCAAUAUCUUGAGAAACGUGGCCCCCAAUGGCGACUUUGCUAAAAUGUGGGACAAAUUCGCUCCGAGGAAAGAGCGAGAAUCCUUGAGGGAGGUCAUCUCAAAGGUUAACCUCAAAGAAAGGUACAUUCUCUCUGGAUGAUUAGAAGAAGUAUGACAAAUGAGCUGAUAUGAUUACAGAACUCCAAUCCCACUGGGCACAGACAUCAGUUCAAUGUCUAGUUUUGAUUUAAAUUUGGGAAAUCAACCAAUGUGAAAUUAACCAAAAAUGUUGGUUAAAAGUUGGGUGAAAAAAAUCCAAUUGUGUUUUCCACAUUGAUUCACCGUCAUCACAUAGAUUUUUUUGUUGUUGUUGAAAUGAGGUGGAAACAACGUUUAUUCAACCAGUUUUGGCCCAAUGGGAUGAAUUUAAUAUACUGUAAGAUUAUAUCUUUCUGUCUUUUCUCUUUUUCAACAGGAAUAUCUGAAUAAUCCCCAACUUGACUAUAUGUUUGUAUCUAAAUAUUUGCACAUUUCCCAACUUGACUAUUAUCCCCUCCAGUCCCCAAACUCUAAUAUUUUCGCUCAUUCUAAGAAAUUUGACACUAUCAUCCAAACCCCCAUGUAAAUGCAUCUUUAAGCUGCAUCGACUCCCUGUCCAAGUCCUGAAUUCACUAUAAGGCAAUAUGAACCACAUUCAAAGCACUAAAUGACCUUUCCUCGAAGCUCCUAUCUGAUCUACCAGCUCAAUAGUGGUCUACUGAAACCAUACUCACCAUCUCAGGGGGUGCUCAGAUCAUCAACCACUGACCUCCACACCAUCCUCAAAACCAGCAGUCCUCUUUUGGAGGCAGAUUGGUCAGUGCUCCUGUAUGGCACCAACAUUGUGGAUUUUCAUCCAAUGCUUCUGGACUAUGAGAACAUUCUUUGGACAAUAAAAUUAGGUAAAAUGGAA